AGCACCUUAGUAGCGGUUCAACUGGCGAGCGGACGUGUAGGAAAACGCGGAAAAUCGCAAGAGUGCAAGAAUUACGGAAGUGCAAAGUGAAAGUGGCAAUUUUUAUUUAAUUAAAAAUAUAUAUACUAUUUAAAGAAUUUUUAAAAUAUUAUUGGUAUUGUGUUAGCUGAGUUGAAACGUUGCACAAAAAAUUGCAGAUUCCAUAACCAAAAAACACACGUUGCACAAUAACCGGAAGUCUCUGGUAAUUUGCUUGAAACCCGUUGCAACUCAAAGGCGAACCGAGUGGAAAAACAUGAAUUGGUUAGCAUUGAUAAUUUCCAUUUCGGCGACAAUUGAUAUAGCGCUCGGCUGUAGCCGCAUACCGCCGGGCACAACGACGCCCAAAUCGCCAGUCGACGAGAGUUUCAUGGUAUCGAUAGCCGGAAACCCGCAGUCAUAUAUACCGGGGCAGAAGUACAAUGUCACGCUCACCGCCUACAAUGAUCUGUCAUUCAUCAGUUUCAUAUUAGCUUUGGAGAGCGCCAAUGAGCUGGAUGGUCAAGCGGAUUUCGGUAGAUUGGGUUAUUUCGAGAUUACCGAUUUGGCAGAGACACGUUUCAGUCCGCGUUGUCCGAAUCUGGUGGAGAACACCAACACGAAUGUGAAGACACAUGUGGUAGUAACUUGGGUGGCGCCAUCAACUACCGGUAAUGGUUGUGUGCUCAUCAAGGCCACUGUGACGCAGCAUCGCGAUGUCUGGUUUAUGGAUGACGGAUUUUUAACGAAACGCAUUUGCGAGGAAGAGGUUGAUGACGUCGAUACACAACCGACUAUAAUGGAUCCUUGCUGUGCAUGUGAUGAGGCUAAGUAUGAGCUCACUUUCGAAGGCAAGUGGUCACGUCAUACGCAUCCCAAAGACUUUCCCGCCAAUAGUUGGCGCACCAGAUUUAGCGAUAUCAUUGGCGCUUCACACACUAUCGAUUAUAGGUUUUGGACUUACGGUGAGUUGGCGAGUGAGGGUCUGCGCGAAGUGGCCGAACAUGGCUCGACGCGAACACUAGAGAGUGAGUUGAAGGAUCAGAGUGACCAGAUAAGGACUAUAAUUAAAGCGCGCGGUAUCUCCUAUCCGAAUGUGACGGGUAAAACCUUUGCAGUAUUUCGCGUGGACUCGAAACAUCAUUUAAUAUCACUGGUGUCCAUGAUAGACCCGUCACCGGAUUGGAUAGUUGGCAUUUCUGGUUUAGAACUAUGCUUAGCCAACUGCACAUGGGUCGAAAAUAAGAUACAUAACCUUUAUCCAUGGGAUGCGGGCACAGAUAGUGGACCCUCCUACAUGUCCGCCGAUCAGCCGCAAGUGCCACCCGAUGUGAUACGACGCAUCAAAUCGAAUUUUCCAAAUGAUCCACGCUCACCCUUCUAUGAUCCCACUGGCGCGCCGAUGAAACCGCUUGCUACGCUGCAUAUAAAUCGGCGUAGAUUGUACGAGAAGACGUGCACAAAACCAGAAGAGGAUGAGUCUGAGGAAUGCGCCACCUAUCCGUGGAGUCAUUGGAGUGAGUGUAACGCCAAAUGUGGACCAGGCACACAGCAACGUACACGCGAGUACAAGCAGCCCACAGUGGCGAGACGUUCGAAAUGCCGCAGCGCUUUACGUGAGGAGCAACCCUGUAAUGGACGCAGAUGCGGCAGUACAAAUGAAGAAAACAUAGAGGAAGGUGAGAAGCCAAGUGACGUGCAAAUUGGGCCACAUGAAAAUCCCGAAUGCGCGAUAUCGGACUGGGGCGAUUGGUCCAGUUGUUCGGCCACUUGUGGUGCGGGCGUCAUAGUACGUACGCGUCAUUAUCUCAAUCCGCGUGCCAAAAAGAAGUGUCAGAAAGUCAGUCGGGUGCGUCUGCAGGAGACGCGCAAAUGCGAAGGCCCUGAAUGUGGUGGCGAUCUGGGUAAUGGUGGUGCGGAAGCUGAGCCUAACGGUGAAGGUGAUGAAACUCCCGCCGAAGAAGGCAAUGCUGUCGAGAAUGAGUUGAGCGAAGGCACAAGUUCAUUUUACGGCGAUAACAACAAUGGUUUUCGAAAAUUCAAAAGCUAUAGUCAGAAACGUGAGGACUACAUACCGCCUGAAUGCGGCGUCUCACCGUGGUCUGACUUCACGCCUUGCAUAGGUCCUUGCGGCAGCGUUGGUUAUCGUCAAAGACAACGUAAAAUCUGGAAUAAUGAUGAGGUUUAUGGCGUGGUGAAUCCCAAAUCGGAUGGUACCAAUCCGUGUCGUCAUAUUAAACGUGAGGAAAUCGUUAAUUGUACAAACCCCGCUUGCGAUACUAUUGUGCCACACUUUUGUUAUGCCAGUCUCAAAAUGAGUCCAUGUCGCGAUGGCGAUGUUACCAAUUAUUGGUACUACGAUUAUCCCACCGAUCAAUGCGCCAUCUAUUGGGCUGAUAAAUGCGAUAAGAAUCAAAAUAAGUUCCCCUCGAAGGAGGUGUGCGAGGAAACCUGUCGGCGGCCACGUCAAAAAUUGGAUUUGCAAAGUGAAAGUUUACGUUUGGAGCAACAACCCGUCGAUUGUAUCGUUUCCGAAUGGGAUGCGCGUUCGUGUAAUGUGACCUGUGGCGAGGGUAUGUUAAUAAAAACACGACGCGUAUUGCGACGCGCUAAAUACGGUGGCAAACCGUGUCCCAAACAUUUGGUACGUCUGGAGAAAUGCUAUCAAAGCUGCGAUGAAGUGUACACAAUUAGUGGCGGCAUUAAUUUCGGUGGUAACACUGGUGAACCUAGCGAUUAUGACGUUGUAAACCGCAUACGUGGCAGUUAUGUGAGCGCACGACAGCUGCCGAAGAAAGACGAUUGUCGUUACUCUGAGUGGUCGGUUUGGACGCCAUGCACUGCGAGUUGCGGUGACAAUUCCAUGCGUCAACAGACAAGAACUCUGCUCAACACCGAACUCAGUUACAAAUGUAAGGAUCGUGUGCGUGUAGAAAAAUGUACCGUGAUGCCGUGUCUCUUGGAGAGUAACGAUCAGGACAGUGAGUGGUAGAAAGAAGAAUGAAGAGUUUUGGUGAAAAUCUGUUUCAAGCAUAAUAAUGCUCUUCCAAAUUAUUUGCCCAAGAGAGCUAUAAAUUCUAUAUUUAAUCCAUGUGCUUUUAUUAGUGCUCUAACAUAGAUAAAUUUGUAUUAGUAAUGUGUAGUUAUAUAAAUAUCUAACGAAAUACUCAAAUAUGUAGUAGAUCCCACAUAUCGAUUUUUUUGUCUUAUCUAAUAAAGAGUU